CUGUUGCAGGGAGCAAAUAUUGAUAGUGUCGACAUAGAAGGUCGAUCCCCCCUUCUGUUGGCUACUUCUUGUGCGUCAUGGAAAAUUGUGAAUUUACUGCUCUCCAAAGGAGCAAACGUAUCAUUAAAAGAUCAUUUGGGUCGGAAUUUCCUGCAUUUGACGGUAUUGCAGCCUGGAGGAUUGCAGCAUCUCAAUGAGAAAUUUCUGCAGAUGGAGCAUAUUAAGAACCUUGUAGUGGAUGAAGAUAAUGAAGGAUGCACUCCACUGCAUUAUGCCUGCAGGCAAGGGGUGGCCCUCUCUGUAAACAACUUACUCAGCCUGAACGUUUCCAUAUAUUCUAAGAGUAGGGACAAGAAAUCACCAUUACACUUUGCUGCCAGCUAUGGACGCAUCAAUACGUGCCAGCGACUUAUAAGGGAUAUGAAAGACACAAGACUUUUGAAUGAAGGUGAUAAGAAGGGAAUGACUCCCCUGCACUUGGCAGCGCAGAAUGGCCAUGAGAAGGUAGUUCAGUUUCUUCUGAAGAGAGGGGCCCUUUUCCUCUGUGAUUAUAAAGGUUGGACUGCCCUGCACCAUGCUGCCUUUGGAGGAUACACUCGCACAAUGCAGAUAAUUUUGGAUACUAAUGUGAAAUGCACUGACAGAGUGGAUGAAGAAGGGAACACAGCAUUGCACCUAGCUGCAAGAGAGGGACAUGCAAAAGCAGUAAGACUUCUUCUUGACUACGGUGCAAAAAUUCUGUUGAACAAAGCAGUAGCUUCUUUUUUCCAUGAAGCAAUACACAAUAGGAGGAAAGAUGUAGUAUCUGCUGUCAUUCUGCACAAAAGAUGGGAAGAAGCUGUUUUGACCUUCUCUCACUAUUCUAGUGCCAAUAAGUGUCCUUUGUUGGAAAUGGUUGAGUAUCUUCCUGAAUCACUUAAACUCGUUUUGGAUAACUGCAUAAUUGAGUCUUCAGAAGAAAAGACGAGUCGAGACUUCUAUAUUGAAUAUAACUUCAGGUAUCUCCAGUGUCCUCUGACGCUUAACAAGAAAUUUAAGGAUGAUGAAGAGAUUUUUUAUGAGCCACUUACCACUUUAAAUGCCAUGGUACGCCACAAUCGCAUGGAGCUACUGAGUCAUCCCGUAUGUAAAGAAUAUUUGCUUAUGAAAUGGAUGGCCUACGGGUUUCGAGCACAUCUAAUGAAUUUAGGAAUAUAUUCUCUUGGUCUCAUCCCACUGACUCUUCUCGUCACCCACAUACAGCCAGGAAGACCCUUGAAUGGAACAGAAACUUAUGAAACAAGACCAUUAGAAUAUGAGGAUUCAUAUUUCACAAGGGUGUGUAUGUGUUUAGUUUUAAUUAUGAGUUUACUGGGAAUCUGCAAAGAAAUAUUUCAGCUCAUUCAGCAGAAAUUGAAAUAUUUGUUGGAUUACUCCAAUCUACUGGACUGGACAAUUUAUACUACAAGCAUAAUUUUUGUGUCUUCUUUAUUUAUUAAUACACCAGCUCAUUUGCAGUGGGAAUGUGGAGCAAUUGCUGUAUACUUGUCUUGGAUGAACUUCUUGCUUUACCUUCAACGAUUUGAAAAUUACGGCAUCUAUGUUGUCAUGUUCUGGGAAAUUUUGAGGACUUUGAUUCGAAUUGCUGUUGUUUUCUUUUUCCUGAUAUUGGCCUUUGGACUCAGCUUCUUUGUCCUUUUGGGUUCACAGCAAACCUAUAGCACACCUUUGCUUUCUGUCAUGAAGACAUUUGCAAUGAUGCUGGGAGACAUUAAUUAUCAUGAUGCUUUCCUUGAUCCAUUACUAAGCAAUGAAUUGCCAUAUCCAUUUCUGAGUUACACAGUUCUCAUUAUCUUUACCUUACUUAUUCCAAUCCUUCUGAUGAACUUGCUAAUUGGUUUGGCUGUUGGGGAUAUAGCUGAAGUGCAAAAAUAUGCGGCUCUGAAAAGGAUUGCAAUGCAGGUCAAUCUUCACACAAACUUGGAGAAGAAGCUGCCAUUUUGGUUCUUAAGUCGAGUGGACCAGGAAUCAAUCACUGUGUAUCCCAACAGACCAAGAUACUGUGGAUUUAUGAGCGUGUUCCAGUACUGCUUUGGCUGUGAGGACUCUACCACAUAUGCACAGAGCACUGAUACAAGUCUAGAACUGGAAGUUCUGAAGCAGAAAUACAGGCUCAAAGAUAUUUCAACGCUAUUGGAAAAGCAGCACGACCUCCUUAAACUGAUUAUACAGAAAAUGGAGAUAGUGUCAGAGGCUGAGGAUGAAGACAGCAAUGAUUUAUUUCAGCACAAGUUUAGGAAACGACAGUUAGAACAGAAGAAUAGUAAAUGGGAUACAGUAUUAAAAGCUGUUAAAACAAACGUGGCUAACCCAAGCACAGAAAAGAACAAUAGCUUCUUCUAGAAAUGGCUAUGAGAUCAUGUUGUAUUGUAUAUAUAUUUUUAUUUUAUUUUGUGUUAGGGUCACUUCUCUUAAUGUCUGUGCAUAUGUUACUGUGGUACAUCAUGUGUUAAAGUAUAGAAAUAGGGCUUGGUCCAAAAGAAGAUGGAUGUAGGUGUCCAAAACAGCCUUUAAGCAGCCUGAAGAUGCCUACAUCCAAAACUGGGAUC